AUGACCGUCUCACCGCCAGCGUCACCGACGGGACCCGCCCCGCGGCCCAUCAGCGCGCUGAUGCGCACGCCGCGCAGCAACAGUCGCAUGAGCAUGAGCAGUCGACAUGGCGGAAGUCGCGCGUCCGACGAGGAUGGCAAGACUGCAGUCAAAGUUGCUGUCCGAGUGCGACCACCUCUCAAGCCCACCGAUCCCGGAUACGAGUUGAUUCCCCAGCGAUUCCAACGGUCCAUGGUUCACGUCACAAGCCCAACCAGCGUUGCGGUCGAUGUCCCCCAAGGUCGCAAGUUGUUUGUGUUUGAUCGCGUUUUCCCCGAAACAGUGGAGCAGGAUGGUAUUUGGGAAUAUUUAAACGACAGUGUCAACUCGUUCAUCCAGGGCUACAACGUUUCCAUAUUGGCGUAUGGCCAGUCUGGUGCGGGAAAGUCAUAUACAAUGGGUACAUCCGGGCCAAAUGAGCAGGGAAACUCUGGUGCGAUGGGUAUCAUUCCUCGCGCUGCGCAGGCCUUGUUCGAGAAGCUCGAUGGACCCAAACACGUCCGCAACGGCUCCAGCUCAACCGGUCUUCGGACCCCGCAACGAUACUCCAUGAGCUCGGCCUCCAGCCUUUCACGAGCACCCGUGGAAAAGAAUUGGCAAUUGAAGGCCACUUACGUUGAGAUUUAUAACGAACAACUUCGUGACUUGCUUCUUCCCGACUCGGUGUCUGCCACUGACCGCAGCUCCGUCACGAUUCGCGAGGACGCCAAGGGUCGCAUUCUGCUGACCGGCCUCCACCAGGUCAACAUCAACUCGUUCGAAGACCUUAUUGGAGCUCUGAACCACGGCUCGACCAUUCGCCAAACCGACUCGACCGCCAUUAACGCCAAGUCUUCCCGUUCGCACGCCGUAUUCAGUUUGAACCUCGUCCAGCGCAAGACUUCCGCGCAGCCAAUGUCCCCCAAGGAAAAGCGCAUGUCAAUGCCAGUGGAUUCCUUCUCCAGUGGCGAGUCCGUGACUGUGGACAGCAAGCUUCACUUCGUGGAUUUGGCAGGUAGCGAACGUCUCAAGAACACCGGUGCUUCCGGCGAACGCGCUAAGGAGGGUAUCUCUAUCAAUGCUGGUCUGGCUGCACUCGGCAAGGUCAUCUCCCAGCUCUCGUCUCGCCAAUCCGGCUCUCACGUGUCUUACCGUGACUCAAAACUCACCCGCCUUCUGCAAGAUUCCCUGGGUGGCAACGCAAUUACAUACAUGAUUGCCUGUGUCACCCCUGCCGAAUUCCAUCUCAGCGAGACCCUCAACACCGUUCAGUACGCGCAACGAGCCCGUGCAAUUCAGAGCAAGCCCCGCAUCCAGCAAGUUGCCGAUGAUAGCGAUAAGCAGGCUUUGAUCGAUCGAUUGAAGGCCGAGGUUGCCUUCCUCCGUCAGCAGAUUCGCAACUCAGAAGGCUCCGAGCGCCGGGAUGCAGCAUCUACGGAACGGAGCGAGCGCAAGAACGAGCGUGAGAUUCAGUUGCAGAACCAGCUACUUGAUGCCCAGGAAAGCUAUAAUGCACUCAGCCAGCGCCACACCAAGCUGAUUUCACAACUGGCCAAUGAUUCGACCAACGGAGAACAUGAGGCUCACCCAGAUGACUUGGGCAAGAGUUCCAUUGAGCGAAUUCAGCGGUCGAAGUCCUUUGCCGAAUCUGUGGAACAGGUUGUUGUCGAGUACGAGAAGACCAUUCAGGCCUUGGAAUCGUCCCUGUCUGACACUCGUACUUCCCUGGCCACCACGGAAAGCACCCUCUUGGAGCGUGAAACCAAGUGCACCUACGUCGAGACUGUGAACUCGCAGCUGCAAUCGCGUCUGCAAAAGCUGUUGGACCGCGAGGCCAGCACUGAGACUUAUCUCCAUGAACUGGAAUCUAAGCUGGACGGUGCGUCUACCGGAGAGGAGAGACAUGCUACCCUCGUUGCCGAGCUGCGCAAGGAGCUCAGCCGUGCUCGCGAAAACGAAACCGGCUGCGAGGAAUACAUCUCUACCUUGGAAGACCGUCUUGCCGAGUCUGAUCAGGACAUGGAGUUGAUGCAGCGCGAGCUGAUUCGGCUGGAGCAUGUUAUUCAGCGCCAGCGAGGCCUGGGUGCACUGGACAACCUCCUUCAUGAUCUUGAUACCCGUCACCAAUAUCAGAACGGCGGCAAGGAGGAGGAGGAGGAGGAGGAGGAGGAGCAGGAGGCGGAGCCGCACACCAACGGCACCGAUGUUUCCCAUGUUCCUCCCCCGGUCAAAACUUCCCACCACAAGCACACUCCCUCUUUGGAUGUUCUGAACGAGGCUGCGGAAACUGCGAUUCCCGAAUCCGACGAGGGCUUGGCCGAGCCCACUAUCGAAGAGGAGGAAGAGCCUGUUGAAGAGGUCGAGAAGGCUACUGAGGAACCGGGUGAGGAUCUCAAGGUUCUUGAGAACGUGACCAGCCAGCUCCAGGCCCUCCGCGCUGAAGCCGUGUAUGAAGAGCCGGUUGCCAGCCCCGCACAGUCCAAGUUUGUCGUUGACAAGCUGGAGACCGUUACCCAAGAACUCUUCGAGCUUCGUCUCAGCCACGAGAACACUCUCAGUGACUACGAGAUGCUCGAGGCCAAGUAUGAGGAGGCCCUGAAGGCGCUCGCUGAAAUGCAACAGGACAAGCUCGAUGAAGCUCGUCACCCAGCCCCGCAAGUUCAGAACGAACCCUCGCGUCCCGUGUCUUUUUUAGAAGAUGCGACCGCUCCGACCUUGAAGUCUGGAGCACAACACUCAUUCUCGCAAUCACUCUCCUCGGAAUUGUCCUCGGCCGGGGAAUCGCCUGCUUUGCGCGGGCUUUCUGAAGACUCCAAGCACGACGAUAUCUCCACACCCGUCACCCCUAUCGCCUCUUCUGUCAUUGCUUCAGCCGACGCUGAGGAAGCCGAGAAGAUGCGCAAGGUGCUUGCUGAGCACCAAGCUGAUGCUGACCGGAUGACCCAGAAGUACGCUGAGCUCCAGACUGAGCAUGAGGAGAUCCUCGCCCUUGUGGAGAAGUUGAAGGCCGAGGCCGAGGCCCAGCGCCACAAGCCUAGCCCUCCUUCCACCCCUGGCUUCAAGAUGAUCCGCCGCAUGACCAGCCAGAACCUCUUAUCGGGUGUCGACCGCGCUCACCGUUCGCUCACCGCGCUGCGGACUAUUGCCAACGAAGAGCUUUCCAGCAAGCCCGAUGUCUACCAACACUUCGAGGCUAACCUGGAUGCCACCAUGCACGAGCUUUCCUCCCGCAUGGAGCGUCUUCAGUCCCUGGAAGCCGAGAACCAGAGCGUCAAGAAGGAGAUGGAGAUGAAGGCCACUAUCAUUUCUGGUCUUACUCGUGAGCGAUCCAGCUUGCAGGGUGCUUCGUCUGUCGACAUGGCGCUUGUUACUCAGCUUCGUGACCAAGUCGUCAACCAGGAGAACCAAAUCCAGGAGCUCCGGACAGCCCACGAAGCUCGCGAGAAGCAGCUUCUGGCCGAGAUUGAGAACUUAAACGCCCUGUUGAAGAGCCAAGAGGUCGCAGCCAAGGCUUUGGACGCCGGCGCUGAAGAGCAGGACAAGAAGAUUGAUGCUCUGGAGGGCGAACUGACCGAGUGGAAGGGCAAGCACCAGUCUGCGCUGGAGUCUCUGCAGGCCUCCGAGCAGCAGCUCGCCACUACUCUUGCGGAGCUGGAGUCUUCCCUGGUCGCUGUGGAGGCCAUGCGCUCAGAGCGCUCUGGUACCAGCGACACAUCUUCCGACAAGGAGGCUGCCGCACAGGCCCUUGAGGCUGAGCGCGUCAAGCAGCAGGAGCUUGUGAACGGCCUCAAGAGCGAUAUUGAAGAGCACAAGACCACUAUCUCCACCCAUGUCGAUACGAUCGCCACGUUGGAGAAGUCCCACGCGGAUCUCCAGGAGCAACUGCUUGCAAAGUCUUCUGCCACCGAGCUUGACACUGCACCGGUCGAUAUGACUCGCAUCACCGAACUCGAGCAGGAGAUUGCCACUCACAGGUCAGCUAUUGACUCCCACAAGGGUGACUUGGACUCCCUCCAGGAGUCUCACAAGCGCGAACUUACCGAGCUCGAGGAGCGGACCAGAGCCGCAGUUCAAGCUGAACAAGAUUCUCGCCUUGCUGAGAAGGAUGCCGCACACGACAAGACGAUGGCAAAUCUGCAGAAGGAGAUUACUGAUUCCCGCGAUGAGCUGGUUCACUUGCUCAAGGCCGUUUCUUCGCUCCUCCAGUCCGAUGUUACCAGUGCGACCCUCACCGACCAGAUUGAAGAUGUCUUGGCCCAGAAACAGCACUUCUCUGAGAAGUACGCUGAGCUCAUGGAUACCAACGAGGAUCUUCGCAAGCAGCUUGAGGCCGCCGGUGAUAUUGAAGAAUUGAACAAGAAGAAUGCCACCCAGGAGGCCAAGGUUAAUGAGCUGGCUCUCUUGGUUGCCACCCUGGAGGACACUCUUCGCCAGAAGGACGAGCAGGUUAAGAAGAAGGAGGCUCUUGUUGAAGAGAUCACUGUAGAGAAGCAGAAGAGCGUGCGCCUGGUUGAGGAGCUUGAGGAGCAGAUCACCAACAGCUUCGACCAGCACCACAACCGUCUUUCUGUCAUCCAGCAGGAGCGUGACCAGGCUCUGGAGGAUGCCAAGGCUAGGAUCGUUAUUCUCGAGAGGGACAUCGAGACCUACCGCGUGCGUAUCGAGCAGCUUGAGCUUCAACUCAAGAACGGAACCUCCGAUGUUUCCCACGACCGCAGCAGCUCUCUCACUUCUAACCUUCGCAAGAGCUCAUCGGCAGCUUCUUUGCCUUCUCCCCCUCCCGCCAUUCCCCUUCCUCCUCUCCCAACCAUCGCUUCUGCCGCCAACGGUUCCGGUAGCGUGUCCCCUCCCAGCUCACGCCAUGCUAGCAAGGAGCUGGUCAAUGCCCAGAUCGUUGAGGACCAGGAAGCCCGUAUCCGUACCAUCGAGAAGCACCUAUAUGCUGAGAAGCAAUUGACUGCUACCCUCGAAGAAGCCCUUGGUGACCUCGAGACCCAGAGCAACAAGGUCAAGAACGACUGCGAGAACUGGAAGAAGAAGGCCUGGGGUCUUGAAGACGAGCUCUCCACACUCCGCAAGGAGCGCAACUCCGCUCGUCUGUCACUCCAGGCUGUCGAGGAGGAGCGCAGUGCCCGCAAGGAAGCCGAGGCUGCUCGUGCCCAGCUGGAGGAGCGUAUGAACGCCCUCAACAAAAAGAAGAAGAAGAGCACUCUCAACUGCUUCUAA